UCGGUUACGCAGGCUGUUAUCAAAUCGUCGUGAAAUUUCAAAUUUGUGAGUCCAUUUCAGUUCUGCAGGUGAAGAACAACCAUGUAUUCAAACUCAAGCCAGUUCGACGGCAACGCCGCCUUCUCCGGCGGCGGAUUCAUGCCUUCUCAGACUACUCAGAGCGCCGACCCUUCCUUCUUUCCCUCCAAGAAUCGCGAUGCUCAGGCCUUGCUUCCUCUGACAGUGAAGCAGAUCCACGAUGCGUUUCAGUCAAGUGACGAUAAAACCAAUUUGAUUGUCGAUGGUGUGGACGUUAACAAUGUUACUCUUGUAGGAAAAGUGUGCAACAAAGUUGGACGAAUUACUGAUGUUACUUUUGUGCUUGACGAUGGUACUGGGAGGAUUGAGUGUAAUAAAUGGCUUCAGGAAGCUGCUGAUACAAAUGUUGCAGAGGGUAUCUUGGACGGGAUGUAUGCGAGGCUCCAUGGACAUUUGAAAGGUUUUCAGGGUAAAAGGACCUUAAAUGUUUUCUCUUUUAGGCCAGUGACAGACUUUAAUGAGAUAGCCAACCAUUUCAUUGAGUGCAUAUACGUACAUCUCUAUAAUACCAAGAUACGGGUUAGUGUCCCUAAUCAGCAAAAUGUAAUGAAUUCCACACCAAUCACUCCCACGAAAGGUUAUCAAACUCAAGCUGUUCCACCAUCAAAUCAGUUCUCUGGUCAACAGAUCAAUGGUCAGAAGAGUGUUGAAGAUAUGGUCUUAGAUGUUCUGCAUUUUCCCGCAAACAGGGCAAGAAUUGAGGGAGUCCCUCGUGAUCUUAUAGCACAGAAUCUGGGAAUUUCUUUGGAUAAGCUCAUGGUGGCUAUUAAAAGUCUUAUUGAAGAAGGUGUCAUUUAUGAAGCUAUAGCUGAUCAUUAUAAGUCAACCAUCAAUGGUUGAUACCUGGACGACAACAUCAAUUUUGCCAGAGCCAGAGUAUGCUCAUCAAAUUUGGGUAAAUAUAUAUGCUUUCUAGUGUUGUUACAUAAGCAAAACAGAAGUUCUGCUUGAUUUUGGUCAACUUGUUUUUCUUUCCCAUGAUAAUUAUAUCAAUACUAUUAAUAUAGGUGAUACAUUUUUUUUUUUGUGUGUACACAUUCUGUUAACUGUUUUGUUUCUUGGCUUCCAAAACUCUUUCUUUCCCAUAUUUUUUAUUUAGUUUUAUUUUUCUUCUA